GCUCUGUGAUGCAGGCCUGGGUUUAUAGUUAAGCCUGGGCACCCUCAGUGCUCAGUUGCUUCAGGCAGCCGAGCUAUUCAGAUCAUGGAGAAUAUCCUCUGUUUUCUGAGCAGCUAUAUUGAGACAGGGCUGAGCCCUGACUCACAUUACUUGGAUAUUGACCCCACCUUCAUUUGCUUGAGUGGGUUGGGAUUGUUUAUACUGUACUUGUUCUACAUGGUAUUGACCCUGUAUUUGUCACCCACCGAAAAAAAUAAUGACAUCCAAAAGCAUCAGGGCAGAGCCAGGAGGAGAAGGAAAAGUGUGACAUUUAAAGACCGGAAAAGGUUCCAGAGGGAAGCAGAAGAGGAAAGAAAGCUACUUUCUAUUCUGAAAAGCUUUGGACCUCCUGUUUCCUGCAGUCCCCUGGGCCAGCAUCAUGAUACCACCCGCUUUCGUCGACUGUUAUGCCCAGACCCCCUCUGUCAGGUGUGUAACAGAGCAACUGCUGAUAUCCAGCGACUGCUGUCUUGGGAGUCCCUGAAAGAUGCUGCUCCCUGUGUGUCCCCUUUGCCUUCUGGAGCUUCUGUGACUGAGUCAUCGUUCACUCUGUCUUCCACCCCCUCAGCAAUCUCUACAGAAGACCUAAUAUUGUCUCCUCAGCCUAAGCUCUCUCCACCUCCCCUGUUAAUUCUCUCACCUGAUUUGAUCACGUCCUUAGCUAACUUGUUUUCACCCUCACCACUGAAGGACCCUCCGCCACCACAGCCUGUUUCUCCCUUGGAUUCCAAGUUCCCCGUAGACCAUUCCCCACCCCAGCAGCUUCCCUUUCCCCUUCUGCCACCACAUCACAUUCAGAGAGUGGAGCCCAAUCUCCACCCUGUGGCCAGUUUGUCUCUGAACACCAUCUUUUCACUUGACUGCACCAUAUGCCAAGAUAUUUCCCAGGCCAUGAAUCCCACUGAUUCAUGUGCUCAUCAUAACAAACCGCCAAUCUCAGCUGCUUUACCACUGGAAGACUGCUCUGUGACUCAGUCGAAAUCAAGACUCACCAUUUUGAGGCCUUUUGCAGAGAUGUUAUCUCUAGGUGGCUCUGGUGAGACAUCCACCUAUGCCCCAAUAAUCAAAGGCAUUGACCAUUCAUGCCCUGCAUCUUCAGAAUUCUCCUGGUGGCAGCCUCAUGCCAAGGGCUCUUUUUCCUCCAAUUUUGUGCCAUCUGAUUUCAUGGAGGAGCUUCUUACCCUUCAGUCUUCUGAGGCCUCUUUAGGGUGGCACUCUGUGGCCAACGUCAUACAGCCUGUUAACAUCUCUUUUGUCAGCCAUGACAUUCUGGCACUCCUGGAGAGACAAGUCCAAAAAAGGUGUGAUUUCCUGAUGUGGAAAGAAAAUGGAAAGAAACCAGGAUCUUUCCCAACACAACUUAGGCCAAACUACCAACUAAAUUCUUCACGGAAAAUGUUAGCCUCAAUUGCUGAUAAGCAUGACAUGGUAGAAUUCUUUCCUUUUGGGGCCAAUAAAGGCAAACUAGAGGGGCAGCACAUCCAUCAGGACCCCCCAUACUCUAAGUGCUUUGAAGACCAUUUAGAGCAAAAAUAUGUGCAGCUCUUCUGGGGUCUCCCAUCUCUGCACAGCGAGUCUCUUCACCCUACUGUUCUCGGCCAACGUGGCCGUACCUCCAUGUUUGUAUUCUUCAAUGGCAUUACAAAUACAUCUAUAUUCCAUAAAUUUCCAGUACUUCCCCCUCCCCAACCUCUGUCCUUGCCUAAUACCCAAGCUCUACCCUUGCCUCAAACCCUGCCCCGAGGUCAGUCCCCACAUCUCACUCAGGUCCAGUCCCAGGCUCAACAUCAAUCUCCACUCCCAGUCCUACUACCUAGUCCUCCAUUCCUGAUUAGGAUCUGUGGAGUGUGUUUUCAUAGACCCCAGAACGAGGCACAGUCUCUUACGCCAUCUGAAAUUAAUCUUCUGGAGUGUAACGUGUUGCAGAAAGUGCAGGGAAGUGUGUGGGGUUUACCCUCUGUGGUUAAAAAAUCCCAGGAAGACUUUUGUCCUCUAGCUCCCAAUCUUGCAUUGGUCAGAAAGUCCUUCAAGGUCCAUGUUCCCAUCUCCAUCAUUCCUGGAGAUUUUCCACUGAGCUCUGAGGUAAGGAAGAAACUAGAGCAACACAUUCGAAAGAGGCUUAUCCAGCGCAGAUGGGGCCUGCCUCGUAGAAUCCAUGAGUCUCUGUCAUUGCUACAUCCUCAGAGUAAAAUUUCGGAGCUAUCUGUGUCAGAGAGCAUUCAUGGACCCUUACAUCGCUCUUCAGUUGAGGGUCAGAGCCUCAAUGUUCUAAAGAAGUUCGGAUCAAGCAUCCCUAGAACCUUCCACGAGAGGAGCUCAAAUAUGCUUUCCCUGGAGAAUGUGGGGAAUUAUCAGGGAUACAGACAGGAGAAUGGCCCAAAAGAUCAUCUGUUGCAUGAUCCAGAGACAUCUUCAGAUGAGGAUCCGAGGUCUAACUCUGAGAGAGACCUGGACACUCAUAUGAUGCAUCUGUCAGGGAAUCAUUCAGGGGAGAGCCUAGGUCAGAAACAACUUGAAAAUGCCCUGACAGUACAUUUGAGCAAGAAAUUUGAGGAAAUCAAUGAGGGUCGAAUGCCUGGGACUGUGCAUAGUUCAUGGCAUUCAGUCAAGCAGACGAUGUCUCUUGCUGAGGAAUCCCACAGCCAAAUAAAACAUCGAAAUAUGGCAGCAUUGGUGAGUGAGGACCAUGGCGUUGAUACUUCCCAGGAGAUUUCUUUCCUUGGUUCUAACAAACAAAAGAUGUUGGAAGCCCAUAUUAAAUCUUUCCGCAUGAGAAUGCUGUGGGGCCUUCCCCGCAAGGUCCUUGAAUCCAUAGAAAUCUUCAAAUUGAAAGAGGACCUUUCCAAUUCCUUUUCCCAUUUCGACAUUCCCUCCUCAGCCAGCUUUAUUUCUCGGGGAGAUACCAAAGAUGGGGUCUCUAACUCUAAUAGACAAAGCACUUUCCAAGGAGGAAAGUUGGGAACAACAAGCUCAGUCCCUGUCCUUGAUCGUCCUCAUCCUGUCACCUCACCUGUUGGCAAAGAAAAAUCAGAGACUCUGGAAAGGCAAUUUUCUGAUACUGAUCAUGACCUUAUAGAGAGAGAUUCCAAAGAUAGGGCCUCCACGCCCCUUAGAAGAGGCACUACAGAUUUUCAAGGAGAAAAAUUAGAAACCACAAGCUCAUUCUCCAUCCUGGGUCAUCCUGAACUGGUUACCUCACCUGUCGAUCAAGAAAAGCAUGAGACCCUGAAAAGAGAAUUCGCUGAUACUGACAAUGAUCUUACAGAAAGUGUCCCAACAACUGAGGAUGGCGGACAGACUUUUCUGCCCCCCGCACACAGCAUCAUAGACGAAGCCAGUCAGAGACAGACUGUACCGGCCAGUAGAUGCAGCUCAGAGCUGCCCAUAAUGCAAGCUGGAGUUGGCCGUGAGUCAAGGGAUAAGAGAGAUAGUGCCAGUAAUAAUAUUAACAGGCUUCAGGGCAGUAGAAAGACCUUUCCUGUCACCAAUGGGUCGAAGGAGAUGUUCAAGGAAGAGGAGAGCUGUGCUCUUCAAUCACAAACUAGGAACAACUUGACAUCCAGCAAGUCAGGAAGCUGCUCAGUGACAAAUGUGAAAACAAGCACAUCUCAUGAAACUGAAAUUUUCCCACCAAGAGUAUCAGUUCCCCAAGAUCCUAAAUCAUCAUAUCUUAAAAAUCAGAUGCUGAGUCAGUUAAAGUUGGUCCAGAGGAAGGAUAGCCAACCUCAGAGCCAUUUCACUGACACGUCUAUUGCCUUAGAGAACUUGAGUUCCAAGGACUUACUGAUUCAUCCCCAGGGCAUUUCAAGUCUGGACAUGGAAACUUCCCAGGUGCUGCAUGUCCACUUGGAGGACAGAGGGAUCUGUGCGGCACAGCAGCAGGAGCCCAGGGUCCCUACGCAUGUCUUACAGAAAUGCCAAGUUAAGAAUUUUUCACCAGCUACAAAGAGAGUGAGCCCUCUAAGAUCCAAGGGAAGAGAGGUUGGUGGAGGGGAUGCAGGGUUGGGGACAUCCCAAUUCAGGAGAAAGAGCCACGUUAUUCAUAACAAGACAUCAAGGGAGUUGCUUGGGAGCAAAUCUUCCCCAACCUUGAAAACACAGCCUCCUCCUGAAAACCUUUUCAGAAAGUGGAUGAAGACCUUUUUGCAGCAGUUUAAUAAACCCAGCAUAACAUAUGAAGAUCAAGAAAUUUCUCGGGCAAAGGAUAGCUCCCUGUCGUCAUCUGUGCAGAAUAGAGGUCGAGUUAAAAGCAGAGCUGGCUUUACUGGAAGUAUUGAAGCUCAGAAAAUUAGGAAAGACACUGGGGAGUUCCUAGAAGGGAAGCUGGGGCAUAGGCAUGGGAUAGAUGUCACCUGUCCCCAGGAGCCCCUUGCCUCCCCGGUGGAGCUUGGGAAAGCUCAGCACAACCCAGAAGUGCAGUUCACAGCAGAGCUUGUCCAGGGCUAUCCCCACAACUACAUGGCUCCCUCCUGCAAAGUGACACGUACCAAAUCUUACAGCCAACAAGCUAUCUUUGUUGGCCAGAAUUAUCCUACAAGGAUUAGACAGAACACAGACAAGGACAGACAGCCUGAGAAAGUUGAGGCAUUUAAGGGGAAGCUAUUGUGUCAAAGGCAUCCCCAGUCCAUGCCCCACAGGAAGCCUAUGCCACAUUCAAACCCCAUUUGUCAGCAUCAGGUCAACUUGGUGUGUCCAGCCCUCCCUACCAGUGCUAAUAGCAGUGUGUUCAGUGAUGUGCCUUUACUAACUGGACAGAAAAUGCUUCCGAAGCAUUUCCAGGGAGGAAAAUUUCCCCCCACAAAAUAAUUCACUCCUUGUUGGGAAUCUUGAUUCUCCCCAAUAAAUGUACUAAUA